UUAUUUUAGGUAAUGAAUCAUAUGUAUAGUAAUAUAGUACUUUGUAUAGUCAUAUACUACUUUGUAUAGCACGCUAACAUUGGUGUUCACGUUUCUUUUAGCUGAGUGCAGCAUAUUGUAAAAGACUAACGUUAGAGGUUGCAGGUACAUAGCACGCACCUUUUGUAUUGCUGUCAUUCCGAAUGGUGUUGUGUUGCUUUCUUACUAACUAACUUUGCUGUGUUGACAGCACUGGCACUGACCAGAUAGGUAGCUAACUGACGUUAGCUAUCAGUAUUCAUAGCAGUAGCUAGCUAGCUAGGUAAUAGUUACAGUACUAGAGGAUAUCUCCAAACGUUUGUUUCCUCGCCUGAUGUAUUAGCUAGUCCAAAGCAGUCAAACAUGGGACACACAAGUUUGGAUAAGAUCAAAGCACUACAGAAGAAUCCUGCCAACGUCAGGAACCUGUGCAUUCUGGCACACGUGGACCAUGGUAGGUUCCAUUGACUACAGUUUAUUGACCUGAUUAUUGAAAAUGUUGCACGAGAUAUUACUGUACAGGGCCAUGAUGACAGUUGUUGUUUGCAAGCAUGACCAUUUGUAGUGACACUCCAUUCAUAUCCACCACAAUCUAUUUUGCAGGCAAAACAACUCUGGCAGAUAGCUUGGUGGCGAGCAAUGGCAUUAUAUCAAGUCGCUUAGCCGGAAAGGUUAGUAUGACUUGAUCUCAAUCAUCUGUGGUGGGAUUAUCCUUGUCAUACUACUGUAGCCAGACUUUGUUAUUUUGCCCUCUUGCUAAUCUAUUUCUGUGUCCCUGACCUAUACAUUGAUCAUGUAUACAUAUGUGUUCUGAUAUUGUUGAUGUUGUUUAUGUCUUAGCUGAGGUACCUGGACAGCCGGGAGGAUGAGCAGAUCCGAGGGAUCACGAUGAAGUCCAGCGCUAUCUCACUGCACUAUGCUGCUGGUAAGACACCACAGUAGGAACAUGUUGACUUGGAUACGUUGAGUCCUGUUGAGAGGCGGACUACUUGUGUGUAAUGUCUCCGUCUAAUUGACCCUUGAGUGUGUAUGUGCCUGCCUGCCCGUCUGCCUGUCUGCCUGUCUGCCUGUCUGUCUGUCUGUCUGUCUGUCUGUCUGUCUGUCUGUCUGUCUGUCUGUCUGUCUGUCUGUCUGUCUUGUGCUUAUGUGUAUGUGUAUGUGUUUGUCUCAGGGGAGAAGGACUAUCUGAUCAACUUGAUUGACUCGCCGGGCCAUGUGGACUUCUCGUCUGAGGUGUCCACCGCCGUCAGACUAUGUGACGGGGCCAUUGUCAUCGUAGAUGCUGUGGAGGGAGUUUGUCCACAGGUAAGGCAAUUACAGGCAGUGGCUGUGUCCCAAAUGGCACCCUAUGCCCUUUCUAGGGCCCUGGUCAAAAAUAGUGCACUAUAUAGUGAAUAGGGUGGGAUUUUGGACACAUAACGUACUUAGGUUAUAGCCUAACCACGUGUUCUCCACUGGUUCUGCGUUAAACAAUGUUACAUUAAAUGGUUUAAUGGAAUGGGGCACCCAGCCCAUCCACACUUUAUCAUUCAGGGUUUUUUCUGUUUGCAUUUUUAAGCCAAUUUCCUGCAAUUCUACAAAUUUCUCCAUAGAGCUGAGAGAAAAUGUGGCAGUUUUAAAGUUCAUUUCCUGAGAUUCUACAUAUUCUACCAUGGAGCUGAGUGAAAAUGUUGCAGUUUUAAAUCUAAUUCCCUGCAAUUCUAUGCAUUUUGCCAUGUUUUUCAAUACUGCUAAAAUAAAAUUCUCCCUGACUGUCUAGCUUUUAUUUUGGUGGUUGUUAGUUCUCAAAGAUUAUAUUAUUUAAAAAAAGAUAUACGUCCAUUAUGUUUUUCCCAACUUUAUAUCUGGUUUUAGACGUUUAAGUUUACACUUAAAGCGUUUUUCCAUCCCGAAAAUGUAUUAAAAAAGGAUUUCAGUGGCAGAAAAAUCCCUGUCAUUGUUUUGGAAUGUAAUAUUAAAUCAUAUUUGUGGCUCUACUUUCUCAACUUCAUGGCAUUUUUGUUUUGUCUUUGUUGGCGUGAGACUAAUCAGUGUAUCAGUGUUGUGAUGAUGUUUCUCUGGUGUGUGUGUGUGUGUGUGUCUCUGUGUGUCCGGGUCUCUGUGUGUGUGUGUGUCCAUUUGUGAGUGUGUGUCUGUGUCUGUCCGUUUUUGUGUGUGUGUAUCUGUGUGUGUGUGUCCGUCCGUGUUUGUUUGUUUGUCUAUCCAUCUGUAGACCCAAGCAGUGCUGCGUCAGGCGUGGCUGGAGAACAUCAGGCCUGUGCUGGUGAUCAACAAGAUUGACCGGCUCAUCUUGGAGCUGAAGCUCACCUCUCAGGAAGCCUACUCACACCUGCAGAAGAUUCUAGAACAGGUGAGUCCCUCACCUCUAAAGACAAGUGUUUCUGUAUACCUGCCAUAUAGGUAGUACACAACUAAUUGCCCUUGAGGGGUAAGUUGAAUUCAACUGAACUGAAACGAACUGAACUGAAUUGAAUGUACUCUGUUUUCGGUUAAGGAAUCGGUUAUAACAGAGAAAUGUUCUGGAACGUGUAUGAUUCUUAUAAUAGAGAAGUGGACUAUAUUCUAACAUUAAGUCACCUUUCCCUCCUCACAGGUGAAUGCAGUGACAGGCUCUCUGUUUACCUCCAAAGUGCUGGAGGACCGUGCGGUGAAAGAGGAACGGGCGGAGGAAGAUAAGGAGGAGGGGGACGUCAAGCCUGCUGAGUGUCUCGGGUCAGAGCAGGUGUACGACUGGAGCGCCGGCCUGGAGGAUUCGGACGACUCCCAGCUCUACUUCUCUCCAGACCAGGGGAAUGUGGUCUUCGCCAGUGCCAUAGACGGAUGGGGCUUCAGGUGGGUCCUGGGUUAUAUGCAUUAGUACACACAGUAGCUAAACGUUUUGCAACGGAGAACAAAAACAAGCAUUUCUUAUUGGACAUGUUCAGUUUAGGAGGUAGUCUCUCCCCUUUUGGGCCUGUUUGCUCCUGUUUGGUUCUUAGUGAAAAGGACCCUGGGCUGGCUGCCGGUCCUCUGUUAAGGUCUUGUGCGUCUGUAGCCUGGGGUCUGUUCAGAAGGGCACACCGUAGCAAAACGUUUUGAAUCGGAAAACAACAAUAAUCUUUUCUUAUUGGACAAUUUCCUCACUGUUUCAUCCCAUUGCAAAGAGUGUUUUCCCUAUUGGAAAUUAACCUGGUUAGAAAAUCAAUCCCCAGUCUCAACCUUUCACUUGACACUUCCUAAUGCUGCUUCUUAGAUCCUGAUGAAUUAUAUAGUAAGCAAUAUACAGUGGCUUGCGAAAAUAUUCAACCCCCUUGGCAUUUUUCCUAUUUUGUUGCCUUACAACCUGGAAUUAAAAUUGAUUUUUUGGGGGUUUGUAUAAUUUGAUUUACACAACAUGCCUACCACUUUGAAGAUGCAAAAUAUGUUUUAUUGUCAAACAAACAAGAAAUAAGACAAAAAAACAGAACUUGAGCGUACAAAACUAUUCACCCCCCCAAAGUCAAUACUUUGUAGAGCCACCUUUUGCAGCAAUUACAGCUGCAAGUCUCUUGGGGUAUGUCUCUAUAAGCUUGGCACAUCUAGCCACUGGGAUUUUUGGCCAUUCUUCAAGACAAAACUGCUCCAGCUCCUUCAAGUUGGAUGGGUUCCGCUGGUGUACAGCAAUUUUUAAGUCAUACCACAGAUUCUCAGUUGGAUUGAGGUCUGGGCUUUGACUAGGCCAUUCCAAGACAUUUAAAUGUUUCCCCUUAAACCACUCGAGUGUUGCUUUAGCAGUAUGCUUAAGGUCAUUGUCCAUCAUUCCUUCAAUUCUGACUAGUUUCCCAGUCCCUGCCGAUGGGAAAACAUCCCCACAGCAUGAUGCUGCCACCACCAUGCUUCACUGUGGGGAUGGUGUUCUCGGGGUGAUGAGAGGUGUUGGGUUUGCGCCAGACAUAGCGUUUUCCUUGAUGGCCAGAAAGCUCAAUUUUGGUCUCAUCUGACCAGAGUACAUUCUUCCAUAUGUUUGGGGAGUCUCCUACAUGCCUUUUGGCGAACUCCAAACGUGUUUGCUUAUUUUUUUCUUUAAGCAAUGGCUUAUUUCUGGCCACUCUUCCGUAAAGCCCAGCUCCGUGGAGUGUAAAAGCUUAAAGUGGUCCUAUGGACAGAUACUCCAAUCUCCGCUGUGGAGCUUUGCAGCUCCUUCAGGGUUAUCUUUGGUCUCUUUGUUGCCUCUCUGAUUAAUGCCCUCCUUGCCUGGUCCUUUAGUUUUGUUGGGCGGCCCUCUCUUGGCAGGUUUGUUGUGGUGCCAUAUUCUUUUCAUUUUUUAAUAAUGGAUUUAACGGUGCUCCGUGGGUUGUUAAAAGUUUUGGAUAUUUUUUUAUAACCAAACCCUGAUCUGUACUUCUCCACAACUUUGUCCCUGACCUGUUUGGAGAGCUCCUUGGUCUUCAUGGUGCCGCUUGCUUGGUGGUGCCCCUUGCUUAGUGGUGUUGCAGACUCUGGGGCCUUUCAGAACAGGUGUAUAUAUACUGAGAUCAUGUGACAGAUCAUGUGACGCUUAGAUUGCACACAGGUGGACUUUAUUUAACUAAUUAUGUGACUUCUGAAGGUAAUUGGUUGCACCAGAUCUUAUUUAGGGUCUUCAUAGCGAAGGCGGUGAAUACAUAUGCACGCACCACUUUUCCGUUAUUUAUUUUUUAGAAUUUUUUGAAACAAGUUAUUUUUUUCAUUUCACUUUAAAUUACAGGUUGUAAUGCAACAAAAUAGGAAAAACCCCAGGGGGAUGAAUACUUUUGCAAGGCACUGUAGUGUAAACUCCUAUUAGACUAGUAGAGGACAGAACUACUUACACCUAAUACCUCAUAUUUCAGAAAUACAGUGCAUUCGGAAAGUAUUCAGACCCCUUGACUUUUUCCACAUUUUGUUACGUUACAGCCUUAAAUAAAACAAUUUCCUCAGCAAUCUACACACGAUACCCUAUAAUGACAAAGCGAAAACAUUUAUUUUUUUAAACUAAAAAAACUGAAAUACCUUAUUUACAUAAGUAUUCAGACCCUUUGCUAUGAGACUUGAAAUUUAGCUCUGGUGCAUCCUGUUUCCAUUUAUCAUCCUUGAGAUGCUUCUACAACUUGAUUGGAGUCCACCUGUGGUAAAUUCAAUUGAUUGGACAUGAUUUGGAAAGGCACACACCUGUCUAUAUAGAACCUUCCAGAAGGACAAAAAUAAUUUAAUCAAUUUUAGAAUAAGGCUGUAACGUAACAAAAUGUGGAAAAAGUAAAGGUGUCUGAAUACUUUCCGAAUGCACUGUAUAUGGGGCCAUCAAUACGUGUCUAGGGAGUUGAUGUCAGGUAUUUGGUUAUUGUUGAAAUGUCCACUAGGUGGGGCUUUUGCCUUAGCUUUCAGAACCUUCUGCUGAGAACAGAUGAGACCAAAAUCGUGGAACGGAGGGUAUGAUUCUGCAUGACUGCAAUUAAUGUAGAAAUCUAAAUAACCAGCUGAGUAGGAAGAGAACUGUAGCCCUUAUUCACAUAACAGUCAAAACAUCUUAAACCCAAUGUAAUGAUAUUUCAUCCUAGCCAGCCUGUACAUUCUUAUGUCCCUCCAAUCAGGUCAGUGCUCUGCUAGCAAGGUGUUUAAUGUUCUCCCCCAUGCUACAGAGCAGUCACAUAAUAGCUACUGCAGACAGACUAGACUGUAUGCAUUAUAGUCAUUGUAUGUCAUUAGUAUGUCUGUUUUAUAUAGGAGGACACAGAUACCUUGUUUUGAGGGCAGCUGGGGCUCUAGGAUCUAUAAACUAACCAAUGAAGUCACUGGUAUUCAGUGGAAGCUGUGUUGACCGACACCCAUUCAAGUGACCCAUUGCUCUUUUUUUGCCUAAAAAGCUCUGUUUGGACUACUUAAAAAACGCAUCACUGAAACCUCAGGGAAUUACAAACAGGCAUAGAUUUCAAAUGCAGGCUAUUGUCAGCGAAGAUCUCUGUCAAACUAUAACCCAAAUCAAAGAGACUGAAGCAUAAUUGAGGGGGGAAAAGUUGAUAAAUGACUGUGGUGUUUUGCUUUUUUGUUGUUGGUCUUUUCCAGCAUUAGCAGCUUUGUGUGUUUCUUGUAGUAUCCAGCAGUUUGCCCAGAUCCACAGCAAGAGGAUGGGCAUCAGGACUGAGGUGCUCCUGAAGACCCUCUGGGGAGACUUCUACCUCAAUGCUAAAGCCAAGAAGAUCAUGAAGGGAGCUCAGGUAAGACCAUUGCAAACAUUCUACCACGGUAAUGAAUGCUAAGCGUUGCAUCCCAAAUGGCACCCUAUUUUAUUUAAAUGGCACCCUAUUUUAUUUAUAGUGCUAUACUUUUGACCAAGGCCCAUAGGGCUCUGGUCAAAAGUAGUGCACUAUAUAGGGAAUAUGCUGCCAUUUGGGACAGUAGCCGUGUCCGAAAUCUGUCUUGCCUACCUCUUACUAAAACUUCAUACUGUGUACUAAUCAUACUAUUAAGAACGAAAUGUUUAGUAAAAACGUAUGCAGUAAGCAACAAAUAUCAACAUACUAGGCUCAUCCAUACUGAGAAAGCUUCAUCUGAUGCACAAUUGGGUUGUUCCCCGCCAUUUGUUCAUUUUUGUACUGCACGUGAUCUUAUCUGAUUAUCAGCUGUUGUCAAACACACGUGGGUCUGAGAGGAGCAUUCUCUUCCUCAAUGCUAUGCAGCAAAUUCUUCUAGAUGAAAAGACUAAAUGAGUGUGACAUCCUGACAUUUAAAUCAUACUACAUUUUCAACAUUUCACGUACUAUAAAACGUUCUAUUUUCACAUACCCAAUCAGAGUACUAUUUAGAACACAAGUACGGGUAUUUGGACAGGCCCAUGGACUAAGUGUUGCAGCUGUAUAGUGCUAAUGGAUUCCACUUUAUAGUACUAAAGCCACUCUGUUGCAGACUCCCACUCAGAACCACACUAGCUUCUGACCCUUCUGGCUGCAUUAGCCAUUAGCCUCCAGCGCUAGCUAGUAGACUAUGGAGUGGGCAGCACCAUAAGCCCUCGGUUACCAGUCUGUUGUUUGUUGUUACGUGUUGGCCCUUGAAUUGUCCUUAUGUUCAUUAUUAACAUCCAGUAGUGACUCCGUCCAGUACACUAACUUCUAAAGGUCCAAAGAAACCUUUAUUUUGAGCAUUUGUAAUUUGUUGUGUUCAUUUGGUCAUGCAGUGGGAGUCUGGGUGAGACUAUCAUAAUGAACAUACAUUACACACAGACUGUCACAUUCUCAGACUGAUCAAUAUAAUCUUUCUUCCACUAUAGAACAGAGUAGACUCAUCAACGCACACACACACACACACACACACACACACACAGUCCAACCUUCAGUCUGUCCCAUUGAUUUUCAGUCCAUAGAAAGUGGAUAACAGAGCUUUUAGUGUAGCCAGUAGCCAGCCCUUUCAGAGAGAUGAAGGACAUAACAUGCAUCCCAAAUGGCACCAUAUUCCCUUUAUAGUGCACUACUUUUGACCAGGGCCCAUAGGGAAUAGAAUGCUUGCUUUGAGUGCUAUGGAGGUUUGACUGCAUAUGAUAUAUUUAAGCCAUGUCCUACAUUCGGUGACACAGGGUCAUAUUUGGAUUGGAGCACUUUUAGAACGCGAGUCGUUUUACAGUACUGGAGCUGAGAGGCUGGACGGGUUGACCUAUGUGCUGGUGUGUGUGUGUGUGAGUGUGUGUGUGUGUGCGCGUGCAUGAGUGUGUGUGCGCCUAUGCACUUUGGUGUGUGUGUGUGUGUCCACUCAGUGCACUUGGUGAGAAACAGCACUGUGUGUGCCUCUUCAGAGCUUUCAUAAUACCACAUUGUAGCCUAUUUGUUGGUACAGCCAGCUAUUAACGCCAGUACACCACGUCUGUAGUGCACUAUAUACAGGAUAUGGUGCCAUUUGGGACGCACCCAGAGUGAAGAAAAUAGUGCAUAAAUCCAAUCAAUUAUUAUCCGUCUAGAUAAGAGCAAGCAACGGUUUGAAUGUUUCUGAAAGAUCAAUUUUCUCACUAGUCCUCCUCUUCCCUCUCCAGGCCAAAGGAAAGAAGCCUCUGUUUGUUCAGCUCGUCCUGGACAACAUAUGGAGUUUAUAUGACGCUGUCGUUACCAGACGGUAAGGGAUGCACAUCUCUGAUGAUGUGAUCUCUAUCUCAAAUCUUAUCAAUCUCUAUUCAGUUUUUAUUUCCUCCUUGUUUAAUGUUGAAGUGUGUAUGAAGAUGGGCGGCGCACAAUUAGUUCAGCGUCGUCCAAGGUAGGGGAGGGUUUGGCCGGCAGGGACAUCUCCCAAGUGGCACAGUGGUCUAAGGCACUGCAUCGCAGUGCUAGCUGUGCCACUAGAGAUCCUGGUUCGAAUCCAGGCUCUGUCGUAGCCGGCCGUGACCGGGAGACCCAUGGGGCGGCGCACAAUUGGCCAAGCGUCGUCCAGGGUAGGGGAGGGAAUGGCCGGCAGGGAUGUAGCUCAGUUGGUAGAGCAUGGCGUUUGCAACGCCAGGGUUGUGGGUUCGAUUCCCACGGGGGGCCAGUAUGAAAAAAAAAAUGUAUGCACUCACUAACUGUAAGUCACUCUGGAUAAGAGCGUCUGCUAAAUUACUAAAAUGUAAAAACAAUUUGGGUUCGUUUCCCACGGGGGGCCAGUAUGAUUUUUAAAAAAAAAAAAAUACAUGUAUGCAUUCACUAACUGUAAGUCGCUCUGGAUAAGAGCGUCUGCUAAAUGACCUAAAUGUAAAUGUAAGAUGAAGUGCUUUUGAGAUGUGAAUGAUGACGUACGUGUACUCUCUCUGUCUCUCUCUCUCUCUCUCCUCUCAGAGAUAAGGAGAAGACAGAGAAGAUGAUGAUGUCACUAGGUGUUAAGGUGAUGACCAGAGACUCCCGUCACUCCGACCCCAAAGUCCUCCUCUCUGCCAUCUGCAGCCAGUGGCUCCCCGUCUCACAGGCUGUACUCUGUAUCCUACCUCUGGAUGUAAGGGCGGGGGUAGGGAAGGGUGAGGUGUGUGUGUGCCUGUCUGUCUUUGUUUGUGUGUGUGUGCUUCCUUAACCCUGUGCCCCAGCCAUGGUGUGUGAUAAGCUGCCCAGUCCGUUGGACAUGACCUCUGAGAGAAUAGAGAGACUGAUGAGUGUGGGAGCACGCAGGUUCCACUCACUACCCCUGCAGACCCAGGAGCUGAAGACAGGUGAGACACACACACACAUACUCUGCAGUUGCAGAAAGGUUGGCUUGGUCUGCUGUAUGUGGGUGGUUCAGUGUGUGGGAGGAUGUGUGUGUGAGCUCUUCCAAAGCCCACCUGGCAUGUUCUGCUUUUAUUACCAAGGUGUUUCUGUUUCCUCUGAAGGUGUUAGUUUAGGAGACCUGCUAGUCAUUUCCUCCCUCCACCCAGCCCCAGUUCAAGGCUUUCUUCUUUCACAGACCGCCUGGCUAUGGAGAGGAGAGUUGGCAGGUGUUUUCUCUUUCCAGCUCUCACCUCAUGUUAACGAGAUCAGUGUUGCGUUGAAUGCACAAAACAGAGGGAACAUUUUUAACAAAAUCAAAAAAUGGAUACGUUCAGGUAGUACCGAUCACAGUACCUCCAGAUUUGACAACCUUGUUUAAUAGCUAAUCAAUGAUAUUCAUAGAUCAAUAAAUUGCCAGGGAAGCUGUUUGGUGUCUUCACUUGGAAACAAACAGAAGCAAAAUGGGCCAAAACCGGGAGGGUUCUACCUAAAUUUGUCCAAUAAGAAAGACGUUUUUUCGUUGCAAAACGUUUUGUUACGUUGUGCACUACUGAACAUGUCCUAGGUGAGAGGCAAUGUUUGAACAUGUUAAUGACAUAAUCUCUAUAGUAUCUGGGUGGGUAAGGAGUCAUACAGUAUCUCUGUUGAGAACAGAGACUUUCUUCCAUUUAAAAAUCACAUUUAAGCAAGAAUGGAAUCUAUAUUUCGGUCAAAACUUACUUUGAGUCAAAUAAACUGUUUAAUCCUAUAUUUUACUCAGAGCAUGUGCUGUAGUUUCUGUAUACAGUGGUACUUGGUUCUCUUAUUGCAUUCUAACUAUAUGCUCAGUAGCCUUGUCCUGUGUGUCCCCAGCCUUCAUGCAGUGUUCCAGUGAUGACACAGCCCCUGUCAUUGUGUUUGUGUCCAAGAUGUUUACAGUGGAUGCCAAGGCCCUGCCUCAGAACAAACAGAGGUAAGUGUGCGCGCAUGUGUGUAUGCGUGUCUCUCUGCAGUUGUGUGUCGAUUCAGAAUACACACAGCAGACCCUAGACAUCAUGCAAAGGUACAGAAGGUGAGUGUGACUCUGUAGUACUGACAC